AAUUCUAUUUCUUCCUUCAGGCUAAGAUUUUCUCUCUCUAGGUGGUUUUUUUUUUCUCUGUUUGCGAAAGUGUUUCGUUUGGCCGUUUAGACUUUUGGUUUUGAUUAUAAAAAAUCUACUUUCACAUUGUUUUCCGUUUUCCCUUCCAUUUUUUGUUGUUGUCGGAGAUUAAGACACAUUAAGAUGCAAGAACGAAGACAGCUUAAAUUUGGACACUUGAAACAAUGAAAACUUGCUCUUGAUCUCAGUGGAUCAUGCCGGAGAAGUUUAUGGCCCAUACAGUGGUGACUUAUGUGCCAGGUUGUUGAAGAUUGGGGUUAGAAUAGAUUGCCGGUGUUAUACACAUGGUAUUUUUCCAUCUAAUUUCCAUAUCUUGUACCAUUGGUUUUAUGAUACUUGUUUAAGUGAGGGGACUAGAGAGUGCAGUUGAGAAACAGCUCUUUGUUUCUUCUAUGGGCUAUGACAUUGUUAAAAGUUCAUCCUUACUCAUGUCAUUAGUCCUCUUCCCGAUUUUUGAGCUUGUUGGUGUUGGAUCCUGUUGUUAUUAUUUGUGUAUUAGCAAAGAGAUGGUUAAACUUACCUGUCUUCUUGCAGAUACAUUAUGAGGAGCUUAGGGCAAUGGGAAGUGGUGUUUGCACCUGGAAAUGAAGGAGAGGCAGCGUUGGAGAGCUGAAGAGGAUGCUUUGUUACGUGCAUACGUAAAACAAUAUGGACCACGGGAGUGGAACCUUCUGUCACAACGCAUGAACACACCCCUAAACAGGGAUGCAAAAUCUUGCUUAGAAAGGUGGAAUAACUACCUCAAACCUGGUAUCAAGAAGGAAUCUCUUACGGAGGAGGAGCAGCGUCUUGUAAUCUGUCUUCAAGCCAAACACGGCAAUAAAUGGAAGAAAAUUGCAGCUGAAGUCCCUGGCAGAACUGCUAAAAGACUGGGCAAGUGGUGGGAGGUGUUCAAAGAGAAGCAACAAAGGGAACAGAAGGAGAAGAAUAAGACAGUUGACCCAAUUGAGGAGGGCAAGUACGAUGGGAUAUUAGAAACUUUUGCGGAGAAACUAGUGAAAGAGCGGCAUAGCUCUACCUUUCCCAUGGCUACUUCUAAUGGGGGCUUUCUUCAUGCUGAUCCACCUUCCCCUGCACCGACUCUACUUCCACCUUGGCUUUCUAAUUCCACCAAUGCCUCAGCUGUCAGGCCACCUUCCCCUUCCGUGACUUUAAGCUUAUCUCCCACGACAGUGACAGCUACUCCUCCAAUCCCAUGGCUGCAACCUGAGAGGAUGUCAGAAAAUACUCCUGUUGUUUUGGGAAAUAUUGUGCCCCAUGUAUCAGUUCCUCCCUGUGGUGAGAACCUGCUGACAUCUGAACUAUUGGAGUGCUGCAGGGAGCUGGAAGAUGGGCACCGUGCUUGGGUUGCACAUAAAAAGGAAGCAGCCUGGAGGUUAAGAAGGGUAGAGUUACAACUGGAAUCAGAGAAGGCAUGCCGUAGAAGGGAGAAAAUGGAAGAAAUAGAGUCAAAGGUCAAGGCUCUAAGGGACGAGCAGAAUGCUACUCUUGAUAGAAUUGAAGCUGAAUACAGGGAACAGCUCGAAGGGCUAAGGAGGGAUGCUGAAGCAAAAGAGCAAAAAUUAGCUGAGCAAUGGACCGCAAAGCACUUGCGUCUUACUAAGUUUCUUGAACAAAUGGGAUGCAGACCCAGGAUUGCUGAGCCAAAUGGCCGGUGAGAAAGGUCUAUUAUACGCGGUCUGCUUUCUGCUUUCAAUAGACUACAUUGCUGCACAUUGUUUUUGAUUUCGUGUCCAUUCUCUUUUCAAUAUCUACUAUAGAUGUCCAUAUUUACUAUCUACUUAUCAGAUGGACACUCCGUAUUGAAGGUAGCAUUAGCUGAACAUGCUCCAUCUUGCAUUCAGCUCAUAAAAAUAUAUUAAAUUUAUAUUCCAACUAUUGCAUGU